AUGACAAUCAAGAAGUACAUUCGAGCUCUCCCAGACUGUGUAGCUGACUUUGUUCAGGCAGCCGCAACUCCCGCUACCGACACUGCAGCAUCACAAGUUUCAAAAUCUUCAUGCCAGAAUCGCAAGCGAAAGGGUAACAACAACAAGAACUAUGCUACUACUGCUGCUCCUCUCAACGUUGUUCCCAUACAACCCAGCAACCAGAACCGCCAAGCUCCUGUUACCAACGCACCGCCGGCUAAGUGUGCGUAUACUCAUGUGCAUCCUCAGUGCCCAACUUGCACCUACCAUCACCCUGCAGGGGUGAAUUGUCGUUUCUGUGCAAACUGCAACAUCUAUGGCCAUUUUACUGCUCACUGUUGUUUAGGUGCACGUCAACAAGCAGCUCAAGCUAUUCUAGCACCCCCAGCUCCACUCCCUGCUCCUCAGGUCAACCAAGUAGCUCCUGCACCCGGUGUUCAUGCACGAGCUUGCUACUCUUGUGGUGACCCGAAUCAUUUUGCUAAUGUCUGCCCACUGCGUGUGGUGAAACAAGAACCGCAGCAGCAACCACCGCAACAAUAA